AUGGACCGAAUGGCCAGCUCCAUGAAGCAGGUGCCCAACCCCCUGCCUAAGGUGCUGAGCCGGCGCGGGGUCGGCGCGGGGAUGGAGGCGGCGGAGCGAGAGAGCUUCGAGCGGACUCAGACUGUCAGCAUCAAUAAGGCCAUUAAUACGCAGGAAGUGGCUGUAAAGGAAAAACAUGCCAGAACAUGCAUACUGGGCACCCACCAUGAGAAAGGGGCGCAGACCUUUUGGUCUGUGGUCAACCGGCUGCCCCUCUCCAGCAAUGCUGUGCUCUGCUGGAAGUUCUGCCACGUGUUCCACAAACUCCUCCGAGAUGGACACCCAAAUGUCCUGAAGGACUCUCUGAGAUACAAAAACGAAUUGAGUGACAUGAGCAGGAUGUGGGGCCACCUGAGUGAGGGGUAUGGACAGCUUUGCAGCAUCUACCUCAAACUGCUGAGAACGAAGAUGGAAUACCACACCAAAAAUCCCAGGUUCCCAGGCAACCUUCAGAUGAGUGACCGGCAGCUGGAUGAGGCUGGAGAGAGUGACGUUAACAACUUUUUCCAGCUAACUGUGGAGAUGUUCGACUACCUGGAGUGCGAACUCAACCUCUUCCAAACCGUGUUCAACUCCCUGGACAUGUCCCGCUCCGUGUCAGUGACGACGGCGGGCCAGUGCCGCCUCGCCCCGCUGAUCCAGGUCAUACUGGACUGCAGUCACCUCUACGACUACACUGUCAAGCUUCUCUUCAAACUCCAUUCCUGUCUCCCAGCCGACACCCUGCAAGGCCACCGGGACCGUUUCAUGGAGCAGUUCACAAAGUUGAAAGAUCUGUUCUACCGCUCCAGCAACCUUCAGUACUUCAAGCGGCUCAUUCAGAUCCCUCAGCUACCAGAGAACCCACCCAACUUCCUCCGAGCCUCUGCCCUGUCAGAACACAUCAGCCCUGUGGUUGUAAUUCCAGCCGAGGCCUCGUCCCCUGACAGUGAGCCAGUCUUAGAGAAGGACGACCUCAUGGAUAUGGAUGCCUCCCAGCAGAAUUUAUUUGACAACAAGUUUGAUGACAUCUUUGGCAGCUCAUUCAGCAGUGAUCCCUUCAAUUUCAACAGUCAAAAUGGUGUGAACAAGGAUGAGAAGGAUCACUUAAUUGAUCAAUUGUACCGAGAGAUCAGUGCGCUGAAGGCACAGCUGGAAAACAUGAAGACUGAGAGCCAGCGGGCGGUGCUGCAGCUCAAGGGCCGCAUCAACGAGCUGGAGGCCGAGCUGGCCGAGCAGCGGCACCUGCGCCAGCAAGCAGCCGAUGACAGUGAGUUCCUGCGGGCGGAGCUGGACGAGCUCAAGAAGAAGCGAGAGGACACAGAGAAGGCACAGCGGAGCCUGACGGAGAUAGAACGGAAAGCCCAGGCCAAUGAGCAGCGGUACAGCAAGCUGAAGGAGAAGUACAGUGAGCUGGUGCAGAACCACGCUGACCUGCUGCGGAAGAAUGCAGAGGUGACCAAACAGGUGUCUGUGGCCAGACAAGCUCAGGUGGAUUUGGAACGAGAGAAAAAAGAACUGGAGGAUUCUUUCCAGCGCAUAAGUGAGCAGGCCCAGCGGAAGACUCAAGAACAGACAGAAGUACUAGAGAACUUAAAGCAAGAACUUGCCACCAGCAAACAGGAACUCCAGGUUGUCCAAGGCAGCCUGGAAACUUCCGCCCAGUCAGAAGAAAAAUGGGCGAGCCAGAUCGCCGAACUGGAGAAGGAGCAGGGCAGCUUGGUGAGUGCCAUGGCCCGUCGAGAGGAGGAAUACUCUGCUCUUCAGGAACAGCUAGAACAGACCCAGCUCAAACUGUCCAGCACACAGGAAUCUAUGUGCCAGCUCGCAAAGAAGCAACGAAAAAAGCUUCUGGUGGAGUCAAGGACGGCUGCAGAGCAGGUGAUCCGAGAGGCGCUGCGGCAGCUGGAGGAGCCCACUCUCAUCAGCUGUGCCGGCUCAGCAGAUCACCUUCUCUCCACGGUUAAGUCCGUUUCCAGCUGCAUUGAGCAACUGGAAAAAUGCUGGAGCCGGUAUCUGGCCUGCCCAGAAGAUAUCAGUGGGCUUCUGCACUCAGUAACCCUCCUUGCCCACCUGACCAGUGACACCAUCUUUCACGGUAGCACCACCUGCCUUAGAGCCCUGCCGGAGCCUGCUGACACACUGACCGAGGCCUGUAAGCAGUAUGGCAAGGAAACCCUCAUCUGUCUGGCUUUCCUGGAGCAAGAAGGAACGCUUGAGAAUGUCAACAGCGCAGACAUGAGGAACUGCCUCAGCAAGAUAGCAGCCAUCGGCGAGGAGCUCCUGCCCAGAGGCCUGGACAUCAAACAGGAGGAGUUAGGGGACCUCGUGGACAAGGAGAUGGCUGCCACUUCAGCUGCCAUUGAAACUGCUACAGCCAGAAUCGAGGAAAUGCUCAGCAAAUCCCGAGCAGGAGACACGGGAGUCAAGUUGGAGGUGAACGAAAGGAUUCUUGGUUCGUGUACCAGCCUAAUGCAAGCUAUUCAGGUCCUGAUUGUGGCCUCAAAGGACCUCCAGAAAGAGAUCGUGGAGAGUGGCCGGGGCACAGCAUCCCCUAAAGAGUUUUAUGCCAAGAAUUCUCGAUGGACGGAAGGACUCAUCUCAGCUUCUAAAGCUGUGGGCUGGGGAGCUACUGUCAUGGUCGAUGCAGCCGAUCUGGUGGUACAAGGCAGAGGGAAGUUUGAGGAGCUAAUGGUGUGUUCCCAUGAAAUUGCUGCUAGCACAGCCCAGCUUGUGGCUGCAUCCAAGGUGAAAGCUGAUAAGGACAGCCCAAACCUGGCCCAGCUGCAGCAGGCCUCUCGUGGGGUGAACCAGGCCACCGCCGCGGUCGUGGCCUCAACCACUUCCGGCAAAUCACAGAUUGAGGAGACAGACAACAUGGACUUCUCAAGCAUGACACUGACCCAGAUCAAACGCCAGGAGAUGGAUUCCCAGGUUAGGGUGCUGGAGCUAGAAAAUGAACUGCAGAAGGAGCGUCAAAAACUGGGAGAGCUUCGGAAAAAGCACUACGAGCUUGCAGGUGUUGCUGAGGGCUGGGAAGAAGGAACAGAAGCAGCUCCACCUGCACUGCAAGAAGCGGUAACCGACAAAGAAUAGAGCCCCACCGGCACCCCACACAUCAGAGUUCUUUUCAGUUUCAUCAUUUGCACAAACUUGUGAGCAUCAGAGGGCUGGUGAAUUCCAAACCAGGACACUACCCUGAGUUUGUGCAGAGUCAGAAGAACAGCGGGAGUGUCCUGGCUGACAAUGCCAAGGCAAUGCUCCCCCGCUCUUGGCAGUUCCAUGGAUUCCCACUGCUUCUUAGAGUGGUUGGUUGGGUUUUUUGGGUUUCUUUUCUCAAGUUUCACUCAGAUAGCCAACUGUCCCAAAGGGAACACCCCCGAAGCUCCGAGCUCUCGGGGGCCCUUGACCACAGCACUUAACAGCAAUGGUGCUGCUCAGGCUUCAUCUUGGUGCUCCCUGCCAGCCUCCCUGGGUCAGCCCAUGAGAGUGUGGGUCAGCCAAGGCCACUCCCCGGGCUCGGGCGGAGCGACUGAGCCACAGCUUUCUUCCAAAGGCAGAAGUGGAGCGAGUGCCUUUCCUUCCUAAAGCUGGAGCCCAGCUGAAAGCCUCUGCCCACCUUCCCAAGUGAGAGGGCCACAGGAAGAGGGAAAGGAGGGGUGCGCACGACCAGGUCUUCAGGAGACACCUUUCUUGGAAACUCCUUGUGACCAGGUUGAAAAAAAGGCUUGAAUGGAGCUGUUGAGAGUAGCCACACCUCUUCCCCCAGAAUGAAUUUUCCUUGGCAUCUCCCUCCAGACCCAGGCAGGGCCCUAAGAGGGAGUGUGAGGGGUUUCCAAUUUCUUUCACCAAACGUCUGCCUGCCUUGGUGUCCUCUUGAAUCUGAAGAAGAUAGUUCCAUGUUCUACCUAAUUGACCCAGAAGAUCAAGCAAACUUGCUCCCCAGAGGAAAGAACCCUGUGCUUAGUUGGGUACCUUUAAUAUUUAUUACUAACCUCCGUUGAGUGGCAGCAGCCUGCAAAAAGACGCUGGAAGCAAUCAGGAUUUCAGGUGUGACUAUGGCAAGGCUUGCAUCGCUGCCCUAGACAUCGGUCUUCAAGAAUCCGAAAUAAGGCCAAGAUGCCGUCCCCAUCUGUGACUGGCUUGGAUCACAAAGCAAGCAAGGUUCCUCAGAGCAUCCGGGUCAGGGAAAACAAAAGAGGGGGACCACUGUCUCUGACGCCUUCCCGCCACACAUCCCGGGCCCGCGAUACCUGCAGACAGGAUGAGGACAGAGGACGCAUUAACAGCCUCAUAGAAAUGGGCAGCCUGACAGCACUUCCCCUCCAGACAGACCCCAGCAUUUUAAGUGACCUUUUGAUCUUGGACAAACAGUGUCUUCCUAUCUGUAGCAACUCAUAGGUAGUAGCCAAUAAGCACUUGCCAGGACCUGUCCCAAAAGAACAUUGCUAAGUGUGGCUACGUGACAGGUUGUGAGGUUCCUGUUUGAUCACUGUGAAUCAAGCCCCCUCCUUCCCAAUCACCACCCUGGCACCCUGCCCCCUGCCCCCGACCCAACUCCAUCUCUCUGCAUUUUCUAAGCAGGGCACUCAAAAAACUGUCUCCCAUUAGCUCCGAUUUUGAGGCUCAGAUGUGUGAUCACCACACUGGGCUAAAGAAGGCCCAGCAGUAGGUACUGAGCGCUCUCAUGUUUCAUGGUUCUUUGUGCUCAGCAUUUUUCCAUCUGAGGUUCAGAAGGAGUUGUGUGUGGCGUCCCUGGCCCAUUUGUGCCAAUCAGUGUGUUCUCAGCGUGGGUCAACAUUUCCAAAGGUGACUAGUCCUUGCUUCUAGAAUCUCUGCAAUUGAAACAGUUGUGCUCCAAAUUACCAGUGGGGAAAAAUAUCUAGUAUAUUGGAUCAGAUUAAGACUUUUUGAAUAACACUCCCUCUAAAAAGAAGCCAUAGUCACUUUUAAAACUUUCAUGGGCUUAGCCAGUAAUAAAACAGUGAAGAAAGCACUUAAACAGGAGCACAGGCUCGAUGGGUUUCACACAAGGCAAAGCCUAUCAGAUAAUUUGAUCAUCGCUCAAUUAGAAGCUAGUUCAUUCUGUAGCCAAAAUCAAAUUGUCCUACCUUGGCUCUUCUAAAAACUGAGCGUGUGAAAUACCUUAAAACAGGAGUCACAUCCUAAGGCUAAAAACGAACCUCACAGCCUUUUAAAUUAGUCACUGAGCACCAUUAGUGACUGGGGUCCCACGGGUCAGUGUAAAUGGGUCACGUAGAGAAGGGACAGCAACAAAAUAAUGAGGAGUUGAAAUACAGCUGCAUCCGUUAUUUAAUUUUGUAAUACGGUGCUCUAAUACCUCUAGAAUAAGGAUAUGUGUGUACAUAAUGUGGGAAAAAAUAGAAGAAAAGACCUCUGUGGGGUUAUUUUGUGUCUGAGCAAGGAGUUUCAAUUAGAUUAUAACUGAGAUUGAUCUCUAGGAUCCCACCUAAAUAGGCGUCCCCAGCCCUGUGGCUGGAAGAACCAACCAUUGUCCAGAGCAUCCUGUCUCGGAAGUGUCUGAGCUGCUGAGUCACACACCAGGUACCACAGGGGUCAUAGGUGCAUGUCGCUCAGGCAGGUCUGUGUGCUUUGGCCUCCGAGCUUAUACCCGGGAAGUUCUCACUUGCCAGCUCCUUAGUCUAGAGGGGUCCACUGGCUCCACUUAUGCUGGUCUUCAAUGACUGGUCAAGUUCUUGCUACCUUCUACCACCUUUCCAAGUCUCUGGGAAUCCCUCCUGCCAAUGAAAGCCUUCAAUCCUGGCAUUGCCCUCUCUCCACCAUCCUCGGUCCUCCAGAGACUGCAAUGCCUGUAGCAGAGAACACCACCACCAGGGGCCUGCCAGCCAUCAACACAGCAAACCGGCCAGCUGUCUGCUGCUCAAGUCCUUCGUCUCCCAGGUCCAGACCAAAUCAGGAUCAGCAACCCACAGUGGUGGCUCAGCCUUUCACCCCAGGAGCCAGAGCAACGCAAAACAAUUUGUUAGAUGCCGUUGGGUCCGAUUCUGAGAGUAGUUAAUUUCCAGACAUGUCUUUCAGGUGACCCUCAACUACCUCAGGUUUGAAGGCCCUAAAUUAAGCUGAUUACUACUCACGUGGACACACUGAGGGGGUUCAGGUAAAUCUCGGUGAUAACGCAAUUGUCUCAAACUUAUAACUCUUUCACACUGAGGUUUGAGAGAUGGGGUUGGGCUUGUCUGUUUUUAACCUUUCCCCCAAUUUUCCAUUAGAAUAGUUCCUAUAAAUGAAUUUCAUUUUUCACUGAGUGCCUACCUUCCCAGGGCAGGUAGCCACUGGCUUUUGUUCCCUUCCAACAAUACUUUUAUUAUGGUAUUGAGACCUUUCUUUGUAUAAUACAUUGCAUCUGUGUUUUCAAUUUUUCAAAUAAAUAUUUCAACCUGGCAAUGGCGAGUAGUGGUGAUAA